AUGGAAGUAAAGAUAAUCAACACAAGGAAAAGACAAGCAGCAGUCGCAUCAUGUUUGGGAAUGGUUUCUAUAAUAAUGUUUUUUAUAGACAUUUCAUGCAUUUCUGAGACUAUGAAAACAAUUUUAUCAAUAGAACUAGCUAUUUUAGCAGUAACAAUUUGGGCAAACAAUCCGAAGAGUUCAAAAAGAAUGAUUCCUAUAGCAACUGCAAUAUCACUACAUCUUUUUGUGUACAUAGGGAGGUAUGUCUUAUCGUCGUUCUUCGCAGUAGGGUCGCCAGAACCAUACCUUGUUGAAAAUUUAAUAAAAGAAUUUCAAAACACUGAAAACCGUGUAGAAUUAAUCACACCAAAACCCGAAUUAGAACUAGAAUUAAAAUCAGAAGUAGCACCAGAAACAGAAUCAAGUGGUUUUAAGUUAAAAUAUUUAAACCAUAUGAUGCCUAGCCACCCCACUAUAGACGAUAUAGCUUCUUUUGUAAUAGAUGAAAUUCGACGUCGAAAGAUCGCAGAUGAAGAAGAAGAGUUAAAAAUGCAGGAAUGUCAAAAAUAUAAUAAUAAUAAGAAAGAAUCUUCUAUGCAGAAAGAUAAAGCUGAAAAUAAUGAGAAGAGUAACUCUGAGGGUAAAAUAGCAUAUGAUAAAGAUAGGAAGUUGCUUUUUAUAGACUCAUCGGCGGUAUCCUCUAAUGAUACACAUGAGCAUCAUAAUACAAAAAGUAAAGAAAAUGAAAAAAUGCCGGAUUUAAAACAAGGUGAUUCUAAUAUUUUAUCUGAUAUAAUAUAUAAACCAUUAUAUGAUAAACCGUAUGAUAGUCAUUUAAAUGAGGAUAUAAUAUAUACUUCCCCGCCGCCUAAAGAGUAUAUAGAUCGUUGGAAUCUAUGUAUGAUUCAUCAGCUGCCACAUAAGCAUUAUCUUUCUAAUGGCAGUGUAUGUGCAACAUAUGGAAUGGCGCAUAACAAGACUUAUGGUAUUUAUUUGAAGCCGGCUAGUGAAGAUGAUAUAGCACCUCCCAUAAAAAUUAAAAACAGCUAUAUCCCAAUAAUUCACAAAAAUAAUGAAAGAAGUGUGCCUGUAGAUUCUAUAAAUCACAGAAAACGAACAUUGAGUGAAGAAUUCGAGAGUUUUCUUAGAAGCCAGGGUUUAACCGAAAUGUUAUUUUCUAGUAAUGGCACAAACAAGGAUGUAAAAAAAUAUGAUAAAUGUGAAAUUGAAACAUUCCAUUCUAUUUUAAAAUACGCGCGAGAUUUUUUUUCAAUCGAAAACCCAAAAAAUAAAAAAAGAAUACUAGACCUAACAGAUAAGGUCAAUAAACUAGAAGAAAUUAUCAAUCGACAUAAAAAUACUACUAAUGAAAAAAGAAGCUUAAACACAUGCACUAAAGCUUCAAAGAUGUCUAUUGUUUCUGAAAACCCAUCAAGGAAUCCGGUUUCAAUGCAGAGUCCGCAUAGUACAAAAAGCAAAAAAUAGCAUACAGCUGUCAAAGGCAAGUAAUAUGGUGUGAGUAUAUUAAUUCAAAUUAAUCCUAUUCUAUAUAAAUUAUCAGAGCAUGUGUAAAUAAGUAAAUGAAUAAUCUCUGUAGUGUCUAAAUAGGAUUUUAAACAUACACAGCAAGACACCGUAUUAACCCGAAAUUACAAAGGAAAAUGAAUAGACCUAAAUAUAUGCAGAAAAUGUUAUUGCUAGCCUUUCAACAAUCCACUACCUAUUGAGAAGUCAGGCAGUAUUAAUUAUACCUGCCCAAACACCUGCAUAAAAGUUUCUGUACACAUUGUUCUACCAAAAUGCAUUAUCUACUACCAAUAUUAUGCAACCUUUCAGCAUGUGUGCAGAAUAGGCGAAUAAAGGC